CGUGCGCAUGCGCGCCGGGGAGACGUGUCGUCGGACGGCGGCCAGGACGCUGGCGUGAGGUGGUCGGAGCCGAGGAGCUCGGCAGUGUCCUUGCGCUCCCGCCCUGCUUCGGUACGCGGCUGUGGCCGGAGGCUUUGCAGGUGAAAAGAUGGCGUUUGUGAAGAGUGGAUGGUUGCUGAGACAGAGUACUAUUUUGAAGCGCUGGAAGAAGAAUUGGUUUGACCUGUGGUCAGAUGGUCACCUGAUCUAUUAUGAUGACCAAACUCGGCAGAGUGUGGAGGAUAAGGUCCACAUGCCCGUGGACUGCAUCAACAUCCGCACGGGACACGAAUGUCGGGAUAUUCAGCCUCCAGAUGGGAAGCCAAAAGACUGUCUGCUGCAGAUUGUUUGCCGAGAUGGGAAAACCAUCAGUCUUUGUGCAGAAAGCACAGAUGAUUGUUUGGCCUGGAAAUUUACACUUCAGGAUUCCAGGACAAACACAGCUUAUGUUGGCUCAGAAGUCAUGUAUGAUGAGACUGCCGUGGUUUCUUCCCCACCUCCUUACACAGCCUAUGCUGCACCAACCCCUGAGCAGGCAUACGGCUAUGGUCCAUACAGUGGUGCAUACCCGCCAGGAACUCAAGUUGUCUAUGCUGCCAAUGGGCAGGCUUAUGCUGUACCCUACCAGUACCCAUAUGCAGGACUUUAUGGACAGCAGCCUGCCAACCAAGUCAUCAUUCGUGAGCGGUAUCGAGACAGUGACAGUGACCUGGCGCUGGGCAUGCUGGCUGGAGCAGCCACAGGCAUGGCCUUAGGGUCUCUGUUCUGGGUCUUCUAGAGUCCUUGGAACCUGGAUGUGCAUAGCUUCUGAUACCCUGUGUGCAAUAAUAUAAUUUGCAGGGCAUUUCUGUUUGUUAUAAAUGUUUUUAAUAAUAGUUUUAGUAGUUCUUUUGAAAGUAGUGACAUCAUACUUAUAACUAAUCCAUAUAAGUACCACGGAGAAGGCUUUGGACUGCUGUUUAGCUAAAACGUGGACUAGUUGGGGGCACUGGCUCAUUCUAGGAGUUUUUUUAUGGAACUCUCAGAAUACCUUAUUUGAACACACCUGUUUGGAAAGGGCAUUUUCCUUUUAGAGUUAGGCCUUACUGCUUAAGGGAUAGUUAUUUUAGUGUUACGCUAGUAACGUCGUGAUGUAUGAGUGGUGAGUGAUUGUGGCAAGAAGAACUGCAGCUGUUUUGGUUUAAUGCCAGACUUUGAAACCUCAGACCAGACCUGGCUGCACGUUACUUCAGGAGUUGUAGGCUGGAACCUUCCUGAAUCAGCGGUGUGAUAUCACCACAGCCUCUGGGGCUCUGUAGGCUUCUAGCAAAGCCGACUGCUUAGGAUGAUGGGCAGGGUGGCAGAUCCCCCGCUUUAAAAUGAUGCUUUUCAUUUUAUUUUUACUAGUUUGUUUUUGGUAGUGAUCCUUGGAAAACAUCCCAAAUUAAGAGUAGACUUGAGUCUCAGUGUUUUCGGACUUUAUCAUUUAAAACUUGAACAAGGCAAAACAAUUACGAAUAAGUGUGUGGAGGUAGAUUUGCUUUAUUCAGAGGCAUCAUGUUUUGAGUGUUUGCUUUGAGUAUUUUUAUUGCCACUUCAGCCUACUUAUAGCUUAUUUUUCUACUUGUUGAGAAAGUAAUAUUAAGAGAAUGGUGAGGAGAGUGGAAUGAGAGCCAUAGUUACAGUGUUACUGGCUCAGGGGAUUGUGCUGCACUGAGGAUCCCCUUUUCCACCCUUCUGAAGGCUGUUAAAGGCCCGUUUCCUGUCCUGUGCAGGACUGGGGCGCUGUGGUUGUCCCCGAGCACUGGGGUGCGUGGAGCCCCGGUGGUGGCAUGGUGGGGGAGACUCAGGUUACAGAUGGGAGUUGCGGCCUAAGGACAUGAAUGACCUGCUCAAGGUGUUACUCCAUCUGACCGGGACACUGGCCUUGUUUUCAUUCUUGACUCAAAUGUCACAGAGAAGCUUAAAACCAUUUAAUUUGAGCCCCAACUAUGUGUGAAGCUCUGGAAGACUGAGAGUCGUGCAUUUUUGUUAUUUCUUAUUUCUUUAUUUAUGUAAAUUUUAAAACUUCAGUUAUUCCAGUUUUCUGUCCUGCAUGCUUUAAACAAUGUACUUUUACAAAGGAAGUUUAGCUCAUUGAAGGUCUCUGCCCCUGUACUCCAUGUGGCCCUAUUUUCCAUAAAAUACACUCCUAGUAGCACAAAUUCCGUUUUUAUUCUAUGUGGCCAGUUACAUACAUAGUCUUUUGUUUCACUGAUCAACCCAUUCCAUCU